AUGCAUCAGAUUUACAGCUGCAGUGAUGAAAAUAUAGAAGUUUUCACCACCGUGAUCCCUUCCAAGGUGUCCAGUCCAGCCAGAAGAAGAGUCAAAAGCUCUCAACACCUCUUGACCAAGAAUGUGGUGAUCGAGUCGGACCUCUACACGCCACGGCCCCUGGAGCUGCUGCCGCACCGCAGCGACCGCCGCGACGGCGAGGGCCGUAGGUCGGGCCGGCUCCACAGCGCGCGGCCGCAGGGACCCCACCUUGCCAAGGCCCCGGCCAGACCCGUGGGGAGUUCGGAACCCAAAUCAUCCAAUCUGUGUGGGAAUCGAGCAUAUGGAAAGUCUUUGAUUCCUCCGGUGGCCCGGAUCUCAGUGAAAGCCCCCAGCGUGCUCGAGGCGGCGGCCACAGCCUCGGAGAAGGGAGCUGUUCUGACGCGGGGAUCCAGACAUCUCAAGAAGAUGACUGAAGAGUAUCCGACCCUGCCCCAGGGAGCAGAAGCCUCCCUACCGCUGACAGGAAGUGCUUCCUGCGGGGUCCCUAGCCUCCUCCGGAAAAUGUGGACAAGGCACAAGAAGAAGUCUGAAUAUGUGGGUGCUACCAACAGUGCCUUUGAGGCUGACUAAAGGUGACUCUCCCCAGGGGCCAUGCAUUGGUCAAAGUUCACUGCAUAUGGGGGAGAAAACUUCAGAUUAGAACUGAGCCACAUUCACCUCUGCUAGUAGCUGGUCCAAACACAUCACCAUUUCUUAUUAACCAAUAGCCCUGGCUUAGGGUACAGGCAAGGGACUCCCCUGGAAGGCAAAAGAAAAGUGUGCCUUCUUAGAACCAAUAAAGCCAUUGGUCUGAAAGUGGCUUUGGGAGAUAGAUAUAAACUCUGUCCUUAUCUUAAAGCAAAAUCACACCACAAUCAAACUUUCCCAACCCAUUUUAAAGACCUCCAGGGAAGGAAGCAGGCAAUUCCUCAGUCUUCCUUGUGAGUUGUUCUAAUGUAUGUGAUUUCUGUUAAAAAUAUAAGAGCUUGAUGUUUGAGGCCCUUGUAAACACAGUGGUUCCUACUAUUCCUCUUAUCACAUUUAUUUCAUCUUGACAAGGUAUAAUUUCUAAAGACAAAGCACUAUAUAUUUACUUAUAGUUCUAAUAUUCAUUUCACAGUAUUCUCAAGAUCAGUAUUGAUCAUUUGGCAUGAUUGCAUGAAUUCUCUAUUCUUUUACGUGCAGCUUUUCUAUAGAGAAACAUGAUUAAAAAUUAAAUGUUGAAUGCUAAUGUUCUCUGAAGUGGCAUAGGCUAGUGAAAUUAAUAAUACCUUGCAUUGGCAAAAUGAUUUUAACUUUUGAAAGUGCUUUCCCGUCCAUUAUCCUUGCUAAGGAAAGCACAAUUGUACCCAGUCUACAGAUGGCGAAGCCAAGGCCUUACGAGAGACAGUGGAACAGGAUACUAGGUCCUCAGGUCUGCCAGACUCCUUGCUUUGCUCACUCUAGCAACUGAUUUGAGGAAGGUUUGGAGGGGUAGGAAUAGGACUCUGGGAGCAAUGUUUGAAAGGAAAAAUUUGAUAAGGUUGGAAAAAGUAAGUGAUUUAAAUGAAAUACAUUAUUAAGUAUUGGGUUGACCUUGAAGAAAUUGCCUUCUCUGUAGGUCAGAAACAACCGAUCAGUUUCAUAUGGUUCAACUUAGUAUAUAAUACAAUAUUGUGCUUUCCUUCUUUUAAUGGAAAUGUCAUCAUCAAUCCCAUAGUUAACAUCAAUAGACUUACAAUGAUCAUACAAUACAACAGCUCUCAUCUAUUAAAUGCCUACCAUGCGUCAGACAUGA